AUGCUUGUAGCAGAUAACCUUGCUGCCCAUGCUAUUGGCGGAUAUUAUCAGAACUUUUCCACUGUGGAAAGAUUUUGUCGCGUAUGUAAUCGUGUGAAGUCAAGAAUUUGUGAUAUGACUUGCCAUGAUAUUUUGAGAACCAAGGAGGCAUACGAUGCACAAGUACUGGAAGUAGAAAAAAAUCCAGAACUGACAAAAUUGUAUGGUAUCAAGGAAAGGUCAGUUCUGAACCAAUUAAAAUAUUUUCAUAUAAGUACUGGUUGUCCUGGAGAUAUUGCACAUGAUAUUUUUGAGGAUUUUGCUGUGGAUUUUGUUUCAAUGCUGGUUGUUAUUUUUUUGAAAGAUAAAUUGUUAACAAUACCACACAUCAACAAAAAGAUAAAUGAAUUUCCAUAUGCAGAAGUUGAUAAAAGUAACAAGCCUCAGAUAUUGAAAGAUCGACCUUUAACCCAAUUAAGAUUUAAACAAACAGCAUGUGAAAUGUGGAACUUGCUUCGCUUGUUUCCAUUAAUGAUUGGCAAUGAUAUAUAUCGUGAUAAUGCUGCAUGGAUGUGCUUCAUUCAUUUUCUAGAUAUAGUUGAAAGGCUGUGUGCACCAUCUUUUAAUGAGGAAGAGUUAUGUAAACUUGAGGAAAAAAUCAAAUUUUUUUUCCAACCAUUUCUUACAAUAUUUCCAGAUGACUCAAUCAAACCUAAAGCACAUUUUAUCACUCACUAUCCAAUGAAUAUUCGUCUAUUUGGUCCUCUUGUGAAGACGUUGCGGUUCGAAUCGAAUAAUGGCUACUUGAAGUCUUGUGUAGCUGCAUCACGAAAUACAAUAAAUUUAUGCUAA